AUGGUGCCAUUUCAGUGGGCCAUCAACGAUUGAUCUACGAGCAAAGACGAAGACGAAGACCUGCGAUGGCCUCCAACAACAACACCAGCAGCAGCAGCCCCACCGACCUGGACAGCCAGGUCAAUGUGGAGGAUUUGCCCAUAACCUUCAAGGUCAAGUACAUUGGCUCGGAGGUGGCGCGCGGCCUGUGGGGCAUCAAGUACACACGCCGGCCGGUCGACCAUAUGGUGGGCGUGGCCAAGAACCUGCCGCCCAACAAGGUGCUGCCCAACUGCGACCUGACGGUCUCCGUGACGGGCGUCCAGCUGGAGAUCAUAUCGCCGAAGGCGAGCAUCAACAACUGGUCCCACCCGAUCGACACGAUCUCCUACGGCGUACAGGAUCUGGUGUACACGCGAGUGUUCGCCAUGAUCGUCGUCAAGGACGACGCCAGUCCGCAUCCGUACGACGUGCACGCCUUCGUCUGCGACAGUCGGGCGAUGGCCCGCCGGCUGACCUUCGCCCUGGCAGCCGCCUUCCAGGACUACUCGCGGCGCGUCAAGGAGGCGGCCGGCGAUGACCAGAUCGAUACCAUAACCCCGGCACGCCAGAAGUUCGCCAUCGAUCUGCGCACCCCCGAGGAGAUACAGGCCGGCGAAAUGGACCAGGAAACGGAGGCGUAGUGGGUGGUGGAUGGUGGAUGGUGGGCCCGCCCUCUCCGUUGGACUCCAUUGUGAUGUCUUAGUUACUUAUUGUCCAGUGUUCACUGUAAUUGUAAUUUGUACGAGUGCGAGUGCGAGGGGGAGGAGGAGGAGGAGGACGCGUACCAGUCGUCCUCCUCGCGCACGGCUCGAGUGUUUCCUCAUACAGCUAAUUGCCCAAAGCUUGCAUAAGUGUUGAUCCCAACUGUAAACGAUUUUCUAUAAUAAAUACACAGUAGAUAUAUGUA